UCUCAUUACACAACAACGCAUGUCUCUCUCUCUCUCUCUCUCAUCUCUGCGCCACUGUUGUAGAGAGAGAAAUUGUGCUACUCUCGCGAGAGAGUGAAACAUAAGCCCGACUGAAGUACUGCUGCAAAUGCAGGAGAAACCGUGAAGAUUGGUGUUAUCAAGGUGGGUCUUUAGAGAGAGAAAGAGAGAUCAGCAUUCUUCUGAAUAAGGAGGAGGAACCCACCUCUUCUUUCCAUUUGAUUUUCUCAAAAACCUUCAGUUUCUUCUGAACGCAUUGCUCUGGAGUGAGCUCUAGAGAGAGAAAACAGAUGCUUGUUUCGGCUGAUGGUUUAUGAAGAUGGAGGGAGAGAGAUCACAUCGAAGUGGAAGUGAGCUCUUUGUCUGCUUCACAUCUAGACCCUCUUCGUCUUCCUCCUCCUCCUCGAUGAAGCUCGCUUCCAAAUCCAUUUUAAGCCCAGGUCGAACGGAUACGAAGUUCAGAGAAGCCCCGAGCCGCAGGCUCAAAAGCAAUGGAAGUGUGAAAGGCCAGUCGAGCCCGAUGUUCCCGACUGGUCGGAAAAAGGCGUCGGGUUUUGAAACCCAAGAGCCAUCUUCUCCAAAGGUGACCUGCAUAGGCCAGGUUCGGGUCAAGACUAAGCAAGGUGGCCGCAGGGCUCGAGCCAGGCAAGCAGGAGAGGUGAGCUUCAGGGGGAGCAGCAAGAGAGAGAGGGAGCAGCACGAUUGCUUGCCUCACAGGAACCAGAAAUGGGCCCAUUUGUUUGGGUUCAAGAGAGAGGUUUCUCUCAAUAUAUGUGAGGCUCUAAGGACUUUUGGGGCUGAGUUCAACUGCUUUAUUCCAUGCGGUGGAGGAGGUGGCGCCACCAAUAAUGGUGGCUCUGAAUCUAAUGUUCAGGCGGUCAAGGAGAAGGAGGAUGGGGCUGCUAGUGCUUGUGGUGCUGUAUUCGCAAAGUGGUUGAUGGUUUUGCAGGAGAGUGACGAGAAGAGGCUGCCAUUGAGUGAGGCGGAGGUGGGUUCAGAGAAGAGGAGGCUGAUACUAGCUGAUCAAGGGGAGGAGGAGUUAGAAGAGAGGAGAGAGGUGAACAAAGUGGAAGUGGAGGAGGACGACGACGAGGCGGAGGAGGAGGAACCCACCAUUGCUGUUCCCCCAAGAAAUGCCUUGCUGCUUAUGAGGUGCAGAUCUGAGCCUUUGAGGAUGUCUGCUCUGGCUAAUCGGUUCUGGGAUUCCCCUGUUGCGGGAGAAGAAGAGCACAGGCAUGAGAGCGAAGAAGAGGAUGACGAAGAGGAAGAAGCCGACGACGAAGAAGAAGAUGAAGAGGAGGAAGAAGAAGAAGGUGUAGCAGUAACAGAUGAAGUUGCUACACAGGAAGUUCUUCUACAAACCCUAGAGGAAGAAGAAGAAGAAGCUGGGCUCUGCGAGUUCAUGGGUUUGGUGGAGUCCAAGAUCCAGUCUCUAUUGCAAGACAAGGAAGAUGCAGCAGAGAUUUCAGCUGAGAAGGAAGAGGCAGCUGAAAUUUCAGCAGAGAGGAGCAGUGAGGAACAUGAAAUUCAAGCUCCAGAGAGAAAUUGCACAAGUGAUGACCAUGGAGCAAAUACUCAAGAGACGGAAGAAGGCGAAAUCGAUAUAACAGAGGCCAUCAAAGAAGAUCUCAAACUAGAAGAACCAGAGCUCGCACCAGAAGAAGAAGAACCAAGGAGCCCUAGCAAUGAACAAGAAACAGCGGCAGUAGUGGAAGAGAGCAAUGAACAAGAAACAUCAGCAGUAGUAGAAGAGGAAGAAAGAGAAGAAGCCAUUAGCAUUGAAAACGCAGGAGAAGCGGCAGAAGAAGAGGAAGCAAAAGAAACAGAAGGACUGGAAGAAGUAGCAAGAGAAACCGAGUGCUCUUCCCUUGAGGACAAGUACGAACCCGAACCCGUGGCCGAGAAGCCACUGCCCCAAUGCCUCCUGCUCAUGAUGUGCGAGCCCAAGCUCUCCAUGGAAGUCUCCAAAGAAACAUGGGUUUGCAGCACCGAUUUCCUCCACCACCGCCCGCCUCCGCCACUGCCACCACCACAACCCAAGCCCCAAACACAGAUUGACCCAACCAGCAAUGGCGACCGGAUUGAAAGAGUGAGCACAGAUGAAGAGAGAGAAAAGACACCAUGUGAAACAACAGUGGCUUCCAUGGCUAAGGCCAUAGAGCAAAAGCUAAUCAACGCGUACGAGCCCUUCGUCUUGACACGGUGCAAGUCCGAGCCCAUGCGUUCCUCAGCAAGACUCGCUCCCGAGGCCUGUUUCUGGAAGACCCGGAACCUGGACCGAGCCACUGGUCCGGUUCUCGGCGUGGGUGCGGCAGGGAUGGGGUUCUGACCGAGCCCACUUUUCAAGACAUGGACCUACUAAUUGCACCCACCAACCAACUCCUGAGAACGAGGCCUGAAACCUUUGUGCUUUUGGUAAGUUUCAGUGGGCCCUGUGUGUUGUUUGGUUGCAGGCUUUUUGCGUUUUACUGUUUGUUGUGUAAUGGGGGAUUUGUACAUUGAUAUGUGUGUGCGCGCUAAGGUCCUUUUAACAGGAGUACAGUAUGCUCCAUACAUUGUAUAAUGACUAUAAUCAAUAAUCGAUGGUGAUGAAAUGGAUAAGCAAAUGGAUGUAUUUUUAUUUUA